GGAAAAUGGCCCUAAGACCAUAGGUUGACAGACCAUUGCAAAUCGUACCUGACAACAUGAAUAACUAACAACUAAUCACUCAUGCCCAUAGAUCUAUUUUCGUAGUACACUAAAUCUAGGUGCAGGACAAAUAGCUACCAUGAUGGAAUGUAAAAUAAUCUGAAUCUAUUUUGUCUCUUCAAUUGUGCUGUACCGUUUGAGACCACUGUCUCGACAACUAUAUACGACCAGACGAAAACCAGCUUCUAUAUGACCGAUGCUAGCUUAUGCUUAAAAUUGUAUUUAUAUACAUACGUAUAUAUUCAGCUCAUUCCCCAUUGGGGUUUGUCAGUGACGGAUUACAUCAAGUAUUACGCUUACUUCUUCUAACUACUUAGCCUAGACUAUUUAUCUUUACAACAGUUGUGAUAUAACUUUCUUAACUAUGUUAAUGUGUCAAGUUUCCCUGUGGGACGAAACCGGAAAACCCGGAGAAAAUCCACGACUUUCGGAAGAGCGAUGACUGACUCUUUACAUGAGUCCGGUGGGACGAAACCGGAAAACCCGGAGAAAAUCCACGACUUUCGGAAGAGCGAUGACUGACUCUUUACAUGAGUCCGUGUUUACAUGAGUCCGUUUUCACAUGAGUCCGUUUUCACAUGAGUCCGUUUUCACAUGAGUCCGUUUUCACAUGAGUCCGUUUUCACAUGAGUCCGUUUUCACAUGAGUCCGUUUUCACAUCAGUCCGUUUUCACAUCAGUCCGUUUUCACAUCAGUCCGUUUUCACAUCAGUCCGUUUUCACAUCAGUCCGUUUUCACAUCAGUCCGUUUUCACAUCAGUCCGUUUUCACAUCAGUCCGUUUUCACAUCAGUCCGUUUUCACAUCAGUCCGUUUUCACAUCAGUCCGUUUUCACAUCAGUCCGUUUUCACAUCAGUCCGUUUUCACAUCAGUCCGUUUUCACAUCAGUCCGCAGCGAGAAUCGAACCCACGAGUUCAGAGGUGAAGAGCGAGAAUCGAACCCACGAGUUCAGAGGUGAAGGGCGCUUGCUAGAACGACUGCGCCACCGAAGCCCCCAUAGCCUCCAUAUUCUAUAAUUAAAUAUUCACCAUAUUUAUAGGGGCGUAAAGGUCGCCGUGGUGUAACUGGAUCAUAUGGUUAUGAAGGGGCGAAGGUUUGUUUCUAUUGUAUAUUUCAUGUUCAGCUUUAUGAUUAAAAUAUUUUAAGAUUUCUUUUGUGUUCAUAGGGUGCACAAGGCGGGAUUGGACCUUACGGCUUUGAAGGACCACGUGGCGAUACGGUAUGUACAUUGCAAGAGAAUAACGACAAGAAAUUAGUAGAACAUGUAGCGUGUUGUACGACAACGACAGUUUAUUUGUACACUUUUUUAAAAUUAUUUACACGGAUUAUAAUAAGAAAUUAAUAUUUAUAUACGGGUACUAGCUUUCAGAAAUAGCUUUUACUAAUAAUGUUACUGGGUCACGCAAAGUGAAAGAUAUUUACAGAAACGUGCAUGUAUAAUUUAGUGUGUCGUAAUUUCGUUAACUUGUUUAUAAACUUGUUAAAAAAAACUGCCGGACUAUUCGAAUACGUACUGUACAUGUGCAUGUAAAACGAAUUAAUGGAAAGUAACACUGUAACAUUGAUACUAGUUGUGGAAGUAUUACCAAAUAAUGUACUCUGAGACAACAGAAUGGUUCAGAUUUGAUUUCCAUGCACUACCGCUACCAUUAAGGGAUUAUUAACCAAUCAGAUGCGUUUGAUAUAUCCGAUUAACCAACCAGAUGCGUCCUAAGCCAGUGAGAUGUGGUGGUAGCGGGAGUCAAAUCUGAAGCUCUCUACUGUUCUGUACGAGACGAUGUCUGUGGUUCAUCGUCCUUAUUCGAAAAACGUACAAAGGCUGUUACCCCGCAACUAAAUCGAAUUUUCCCCUCGCACCACAAAAACUGGAUCCUCAACCUUGUUUGAUUGUUUAGUUUAAUUUGUGAUUUUUUACUAAUUGACUAUAAAUCGUUACUCUUGUAAAUAAAUUUUUCUUGAAUUGUUACCGCAGGGUUACAAUGGAGAUUUUGGUAAAAUUGGAAGCGCGGGAGAAAAAGGAGUUAUGGUAAUUAUAAAAUUACAACUGAAUGAAAGAUAGCUGAAGAUAAAUAAUACUAAACCGUUGUCCAGUCUCUCCAGUCACGCGUUUUUCAUACGUGCAUAUACGCACGGAAAAGUUUAAAUCUUUUUAGAUUUAAGGUUACAGGACACCCUUUUUGGCGUUUUGCGGAAAAUCGCUACUGCGCGCUCAAAAUCAGUCCGAUUUUCAUCAAAUUUUCACCAAAUGUCAGCCAGUGCACGCAAAAUAUGGUAAAGUUCUAAAAUUGACAAACAAUAAAAUAAUGUAAGAAUUAUUCAGGAAAAUCUUAAAUCGCGGUACCUUUACGCUUUUGAGUUAUGUUCCUGCUGGUUUUAAGAUAUAUUUAUGAAAAUAUCAUUUUUAUACAGUAAAAUAGUUCUAAAAAAUUGUGUUCGGAAAUUUUUGUUUAUUUCGUCAUUCCGCUGAUAUGGCGAUUCCUUUGACGACUGCACUAUAUUUCUGAAUGUUUGAGUGAAUUGCUCCUUAUUAUUAAAAUAUCCAAAAUUAGAACAAAGCCGAACACAAUUUGGAAACUGACGUCUCUAGCUAUGUCCUGUGAAAAUUUGAGAAAAAUUCGGUAAAACCCGCAGGAGCACAACUCCUUUAAAAAUCAGUAAUUGCCGUAAAAUGUUUCGGGAGAAAAUUGAAUUUGAAUAUUACAUUUUCAAUGUUUUUCUUAUUGCAAGCGAAAUGUAUUUUAUUAAAUAACUCUGCGAGUUUUCAACAUUUUUCGUCCAAACUUUGUCAGAUAGUAGAACUAGUCUAAUGCUUUCAUGGAAACCAAUAAAAAAAAUUUAGGCAAAAUUAACACUCAAAGGUGUUCUGUAACCUUAACACUAGUAUGAAUUACCUGUGCAAGUGCACAUUAGACUAUUCACAAAACUAUAUGCUUUCCUUUUAUUCAUUCAGUUAUUUCAUGAGUAACAUUUAAAAAGACUUAAACUUUUCCGUGCGUAUACCCACGUAUGAAAAACGCGUGACUGGAGAGCAGCCUUUAGUUCGCCGUGAAAUUUCACUUACAAUUGUAUUAUAAUGGUAAUUAGUCUGCCCAAACGCACGUACUGAUAGAAUCCAAAGUUGUUUCGACAUCAAGCUAUUGUUGUUAAACUCAAGAUUUUAUGCUUGUGGUAAUUUAAAAUAUGAAGGAGCAUAAAUGCAUAAAAAGUUAUCAAAUUACUAAUUAGUCAUAUGAUCAGUUCGAAUAAAAAUGGUUCAACUGACCACAGAGCGACGAGUUUGUACUGUUUUACGCGCUGCGUUAAAUUAAUCCUCACGUAACUCAUAUAAAUUAAAGUUUUAAAUAACUCCGCCAGGCAUAAAAUUGACGGUCCGUAUUUUUUGUACACCCUGGCUAUUGUAUCAGUGCAUGGUAGUAUUUAUAGUCAACUGGCCAGAGACACUUGUUCUUUAGAAAGCGAUAGGGUAAAGGAGUUAUAGCUACUCGAUCAUAGAUAUAUAUUGUGUCUGUUGCAGUAUAUUAGCCAGAGACAUGUGUUCUUUAAAUUUAUAUAUUAAAUAUUUCACUUUACAGGGUUAUAAAGGAGUUAUAGGUCCUCGAGGAGACGAAGGCAAAGUGGGGGAAGAUGUACGCGUUUUUUUUUCUAGUAGAAUGUGCAUAAUUUCAAUCACACUCCAAUUUCAUCCUUAAUGAUAUACAUGAAAAAUUUCUCAAUUCUGAUUGGCUAAGAGCUGUGCAAUUUUUUCGAAAUACAGUGCCAAAAAAUGAAAUACAGUGGGGGAAAAAAGAAAUACAGUGCAAAUUUCAUUGACUAUUUAGCCUUUCUAAUUGGCUUAAAAUAUGAAACAAUGACAAAGUUAGCCAAUAAGAUACAGCAUUUUCCAGCAGAAAUAAUACAAAAAACAAACAUUUGGGAGUGACCAAAAAUGGCUGGCGUUAAUUUUUUUCAUGUAUGUUAUUAGCAAGUAAUAGUAUGGUUUCUCUUGCAAUUUAAAAAACAUACACUCGUGAAUUUUUCAAAGAUUUUGAUAGUCUAUGAAAAACUCACUCGUACAUGUUUUUUUCCAAAUUGCACUCGAAACCAUACUAUUACCUAUAUACAUAUUAAAUCUAUGAUGUGAGUUACUGUCGAUUAUGCAUUUUCGUAUUUAUUCUCAAUACCUUGCAAUAACCUUCAUUUUCUGCAUUUUUUCCAUUGUUGGACUAGGGAUUGAAAGGACAAAUUGGAACCGCAGGAGCUAUAGUAAGUCUAUCUUACAUGAUUAUCCAACUUGUCUUAAUCUUGGUCAAGCGUUUCCAAGUCAUUUGCUGGCACCUGUUGCUUGAAAGCCGAUUAGCUUAACCCUAGGUUAUCCUAAAAUUCAAAACAACUUCCUGACGGCUUGUUUAUAAAUUUAGAAAUGCUUCUGGAUCGAUAGGAGUUUACUUCUCUGAAGUUUUGAAAUAAACAGACGUGCAGAAAUGCACAAACCAAAACAGCAGGCUAAAUUUUAACCAAGGGUUAGCGCUAACUCACCUUCGAAUAACCGACCCCGGGAUUACAUUUAUUAUUAGUAGUUGGUCCCAUUUGCUUCCUUUUUUCCGUCUUCUUGUCGAGCUGUUUCAUGACUGCUCCGUUAUCUUUCUAUUCCUGAAUACAUUUGUUUGUAUGUCUCUUUUUUGUUGAUUUGUUUCUUCUUCGUCUUUUUGUUUGCCUGCGUGCGUGUUAGCUUGAAAAACGUCGCCAAACAAAGACAGUUAUUUAACUGUGACGUGUUUUACAUUUUUAGGGCGACCGAGGUCCAAAGGUGCGUUUUAUCAUAAACUUUAUAUUGCUUAUCGUGAAAUACAAUAUUCUUGUUGCACUUAAAGAAGGUUAUGUGCUUAUUUGGUUACUUAUUUCUUUCCACCUCACUAUGUGUAAAAAAUCUGACUUGCCUCUGUAAUGUCUUGUAGGGCUAUCGUGGCAAAAUGGUAAGUACACUAUAUUUCCUAUUACGAAAUGUGUUUAGAUGAUGGAUAAUAGAACUAUACACAUUCUGUUAUGUUAUCACAUUCAUUUAUUCGUUGCUUCGCUCACUGAAGCAGUGGAGAAGUGGCUGAAAUCAUUGAGCAGUUAUAAUAUACUCAAAAACAAUGAGAAAUUUGGAAGAGAAGUCCCUCAUAGCUUAAAUAGGAUACUGGAAAAUAAAUGUUUGUUCUUUGUAUCAAAGUGUAUACCUAAAUGAAAUAUAUAAAGUAUAGUUUAGCCUACCUCAAAAGGUUACCACUACAGCCUAUUUUGUCCAAAAGGAAUCCUCAUGUGACUUUUGCUGGUUCCUCUUGGAUGAGACAGGCUGUAUAGUGGCAUCUUUUUUAGGGUAAACUACACUAUCAGCUCUAUCUGUAUGAUAUCGAACACUCUUUAGUAUUUCGUGAACUAAAACACACUCGUGUUGUAUCCAUAUAUUUGGAAACAUUUUUACAUACGUGUAUGUGACAUAAGUUAAAGCCUAACAUAUCUAUCACGAAAACGAGACGUUAUAGCCAAGGUGGCGUACUUUGCGUAAGGGUGUAUCACAAGUGAAAGAAACUGAAUUAUUUCUGCAGAACCCUGUUUGCAGCUUAUCAGCAUGUUACAGUAAUUGGUCAAAAGCUGCCAUGCUCACACAAAGACUUCAGAAUAGAACUCCACAAUAAAACACUCCUUCAUACUAUUUAGUCUUUUGAUGAAAUUAUUAAAAAUCAAAACUUCAGAACGGUUUUUUUUAUUUUCUAGGGACUCCCAGGACCCCCUGGUCGCCCAGGUGGACCACAGGUAAAAAUAAUGUCUUUGGUCAUGUGCUAAUUCUUUUCAAAUCCCUACCAAUCAGAAAAUUUGUUCAUAUUAGGUAGACAUUGUGUUCUUAUAAGUAAUAUUUUGUUUUCAAGCAAACGUCACUUGGUUCUGUUCAAAAUGGUGGCGGCGGUGGUGCGAGAGGCGUGGAUUUAGGAAAAACACCUGAUUAUUAUCAUGGAGAGGACGAGGUGGGAGAAAUAUUCUGAUAUAAACUAUAUAUUUAAUCUGCAUGUGUGCAUGUUUUGGCGUCGAUAUGUGAUAUCAUCAUAUAUAUUCACAUGGUGCCACAAAGGAAACGAGCAUUGCAUUAUCGCUAAUAGACGCACAUUAGUAACUCCCCACUAUUUUUCAGGCAAGUUAAUUAAGAGACCUUUGUUGAACGUUGUUCGAUUUUAUUUCAAAAUUUCUUUACCUUUGAUAUUGUUUAUGUUGUCUCAUUUAAUUUUUGAAAGGAAAAGUGUAAAUAUAGAAAAUAUGCACAUACAUCAUGCGAUUACUGUAUUUAUUUAGGAUAAUGAAUUUGGUAAUGAAAACAAAGUAUCGUUGUCUUUGGAAGAACUCGUAAGGGAAAUGGUUUUAAAAUUCUUUACUAUAAUCAAACAUUGUGUUGUCCUAUAAUGGAGUCGAAUCACUUGCGGAAAAUUGCUUUCUGAGUGUCCUACCUGGGAAUCGAACCCAAAGUCUCGAACGUACCAGCGCUCUACAGGCCACUCCGCUAUUAUCAUAACUCAGACAUAUUUUUCAUCAAGUGAUUCAACUGCAUUUGGACAGCACAAACUUCGUCGUGUAUUACUGCGUCUCUGUCGCGCAUACCAAUAGCUCAGUGGUCUUAAUAGCUCAGUGGUCUUAAUAGCUCAGUGGAGAGAGCUGGUACGUCAGAGAUCUUGGGUUCGAUUCCUGCCUUGUUGCAUUUAUAUGAAAUAUUAAAUUAAUAAUAUGCAUUAAGCAAAUCCAAUAGACUGAGAAGAAAUCACUCAUCUCUAACUAAAUUACCCAAGAUAGAAUUGUUUUUUGUGAUCACGUUUUCAUGCAAUCAUAACAUGGUUUGUCUGGUGCGUCGACUAAUUUUCUACUCUUUUAUCUUUAGGAAGCAGAGUUACUAACAAGGUUACACCGCCUCUACGAUGAUUUCGCAAAUUUCCAAAAGCCGACUGGAAGCAAACAAUUCCCAGCAUUGACUUGCAAAAAUCUUUUCAACGAUCAUCCCUAUUUGAAAAGUGGUAUGCAUUGUAACCAAGUUUUUAUUUCAGAUUCGGACUUCUUGAGUACAUAAUCUGGUACCAUUUUACACCGAUAUAAACGCAGAGUACUUACAUACAGAAGUCUCACUUCAGGUUAAUUUAGCUUGUGGGAUGUUUUCAGUCCGCCAUGUUCUUAGCAAGUACCCUAAAGAGAGGCAGUCACCCCCUGAAAACAUAUUGAAAUUUAAUGUUCCAGGGGGGUUGAAUGCCUCCCUUUAGGACACUUGCUAAGAACAGCUAUUUUGGUAAAAACUACCUUACGGUUUUCCCGCAGAAGUGAGACCUCUGUAUGUAAGUACUUUGUGACGUAAGUAGCUUGCAUGCAUUCAUCACCUGUCGUGUUCAUUGAUUUAUUUACGUGGCCUUAGUACGGCAGCUUAGUAUUGCUACUAUAGUAGCAAUUACUAUAGCCCCAUGCUGCAGGGGCGUAAAUCCUGGGUGGGUUAUCCCCCCCCCCCAUCUCCCCUAAUGUUUGAGAAAAGCAAUUUUGUAGGGCAAAUAUGUUCAUUAAUUUGUUGGCUAAAAGUACAUUCAAAUCAUCGGUUGAGCAAGAACAAGAAAACCUAAGAGUCCUAUUCGAAUAUAUGUCGUUUUCUGACCAUCAGAAUUCAGUAAGAUUUUCCCCGCAAAGUGCGUGAAAUGGCUUUACACUUUCAGAGACUCUACAUUCUCUGGGGAGCAUGCCUGCAUACACCCUUAGGGGUCUCGUGCCUUUGGCACUCGACACUUGUGCCUUCACAUCAUCCCUGGGCCUCGGCAUCUUUACAUUCUUUUCUGACUACACCCUUUUUGUCGGGACUUUAUACCCCAGCAAUGUCUGGACCCAAGUUACGCCGUUGGUUAGCUGAUGUCUUUUUUCAUCAAGGAACUUAUUGGCUUGAUCCUAACGAAGGAGCGACAGAAGACGCUGUGCAGGCUUAUUGUAAUUCUGAGAAAAAACUAACUUGUAUUUCCCCAAUUAUUAAAAAGGUAAAACGUUUUGCAAUAUCGGGAUUUUUGGGGUAUAUUUUGUAUGUUUAUGUGUUUGGUAAACAAUUGCUGUGUUUGUAUAUUUUGUGUUUCCUAGACGGAGUUGAAGCAAUGGUAUAGGGGUGGUGAUAGAUAUUUGUGGUUUAAAGAGGAUAUAGAUGACAAUUUUAAGGUAUGUGUUUGAUGAGGUAUGUGUUUAUUUGAUGAGGCAUGAGCGACACGAGCAACAACUAUCCAGAUCGAGGUCAGUGUUGUUUGUUGAAGCCGGGACGAUAACAUAGAACCCCUGACAGAACCGAGUUAUUAUUAUUUUAUUUUUUUGCUGUCGAAACAAAGAGUGAACAAACCCUGAAUUGUUAAACAUUUAAAUUACUGAAUAACUACAUAUAAUAAUAUAUAUAAUCAUAUACCCAUUUUAUUCUUGUUUUUACUGUAAAUAGUGCAUAUGUAGUACCGUCUGUGAUUCAUGUAGCCAAUUGUAAAUUACCUAAGUCAGUAGUGAGAUUUACAAUUGUAUAUAUACGUAAAAAAUUCAAUAGAGUUUUCAUUAUUAUUAUUAUUAUUAUUAUUAUUAUUAUUAUUAUUAUUACUAUUAUUAUUACUAUUAUUACUAUUAUUAUUAUUAUUAUUAUUUAAGAAUAUUUUAAAACGGUAGUUCUUCAGGGCUCGUAGGCACCUGUUUUUCAGUCAAGAGGCAGUUUGUUACAAGUAUUUACAAGCUAUAUAAAUAUAAUAACACAAAUAUACACACAAAAACAGAGAAAACAUAACGAACUUUAAUAAUUGCAUGCACUACAUUUGUUUCUCAAUAUAUCCUAUCCUAUGUAUAAUUACAAAGUUACUAUAUUUGUAUUGAAUCAAGUGCCGUCAAGAAUAUGUUUAAAAUUGUUACGGCUAAUGCCUUUUUCCUGUUACGACAUUGUAACAUAAAUAUUCUUUGUUUCGAUAUUUACACUUUCUAACGUAUCGAUGUUGGUACAUCAUAGAUUAAUCUUUAGAUCAUUUACUAAAAUGAUGUAUUUUUUAUUGCAUUACAGUUCCGUUAUACAGUGGAGUCGAACCAACUAACGUUCCUGCAGUUACACAGCGAUAAAGCAAAACAAAAGAUUAUUUAUCAUUGCAUCAACUCCACUGCAUGGAGGGAUAGAACAAAUGAUGUCACACACUCAAUCAAGUUGCUUGGUGAUAAUGAAAGGGAAUAUAAAGCAAGUACUCCUCGAAAGCAUCGCCCCACAGUUCUUAGCGAUGGCUGUCAGGUAAGUGUGUUUACUGAAGUCUCUGAUAUACCCAUGCAUGUGUAUAUAUCAUCUCAAUCGCAUUGUUUUCUUUUUCUCGCUUAAGCCCUUUUGAUGUUUCAGCCCAUUUCCUGGUCGACUUUGUUGAUCGGAAUAUUAGGACAUUUCCCUUUGUGCUCUGAUAUAGUAUAUUUGCUCGAGAAAUAUAAUUAAGGAGCCCUUAAAAUCCUAUAUAUAGGCUUGUUUUACUCCCUGAAAAUCCCGUGAUGGCAUUAACGUCAACAACCUUUGACAUAAAUUUUGAAUUAUAUAUAAUCUUAUCUUUCAUUCAAAGAAGUUGAGAUGACAAUUGUAAGGUAUGUGUUUGAUAAGCAGGCUCCGAUCAAAGAACUUAGAUAGUGUAAAACCAUACAGUAUGAGAGCUAGUGCCCACCCUUCCUUCUCCCCCAUCCCCCGCAAAAUGGCAAACGAUAUUUUUGAAGUAAAUCGUUCUGUAUUUGUCACUUGAAGGUAAAAGACGAAGAAAGACGAAGUACUGUGAUAGAAAUUGUAACUGAGAAAACAUCAAGACUUCCCAUGCGAGAUAUUGCUGUUUAUGACAUUGGAGAUGAUGGAGAACUGUUUGGUUUAGAACUUGGAAAUGUUUGUUUUAGCUAGAUAUCCAUCAAGAUUCAUUAGCAUAAAUCAGUAUACAAUCAAUCAGAAUAAAUUAGAACGCAUGGUCGUGUAUUUUAACUUUUUACAGUUUUUAGGCUCGUAACAAGGAAUGAUAUAUUCCCAAAAAUGUAUUGAAAUUUGGGAAUAAAAUUUUGUGAGCAAAAGUCGGAUAUGUUUUAUUUUUGUAAGGCUUUAAUUAAGAUAUAUAUUACGCAGAACAUUGUAUAACUGAAAUAAUAUCAUUGGUUAGUUGUAUUUGUAAAUAACAUUUUUCUGUGUUCCUCGGUCUUUAUUAUAUUUAGACCGUGUUAAAAAUAUAUUUUUUAAAAUAAUUAUUAGAAUGAAGAUUGUA